ACAGACCAACUAAAGAUAGUUCACAAAUCUUGAAUCAACUUUGGUUAACCACAACCGCUGUGCACUAGGACCCGGGGGAUUUAUUCCAGCAGAGCAGCAGCCAGAGACACUGCAUGUUAGGACACACCUGGCUUUCUGAUCAGAGACAAUACCGUUGAAAGUCUUUCUGCGAAAUGGAGACAGUUUAAUUGAUCGACGUUGGCGGCAUCGUAAUGUCUAGAUGGGUACGUGUAGCAUACUUUAAAACACAGAGGAUCACUUCAUACUAUAUACUCAUGUGACUUUCCUUCACAGAACUGCAUAUGUGGAGGUGCAUAUGAGCGGAGUUCAUAUAAAUGCACCACGCAGACGGUUGAUUUGAAAUCCGAAUCACCGUCGAUGACUUUUCACAAACAGUGGCAUGAACGCUGCGCGGAUCGAACCAUAUAAAGCGCACGAGAAGUAACGAUAGAAGAUGGAAAACAACAAGCCGACCGAGCAUGACAUCACGGAGGUGGUGGCGCAGCAGUCCGCCGCGAACCCGACUGAGAACGGCGUCAUGAUGGUGAUCAACCACGGUACAGUUCAUCCACCCUUCAGCGUGCUGUGGACCACCGUCCUGUACUGCGCGGAGUUCAUAUGCGCCUCGGUGCUCAGCAGCAUGUACCAUAAGACUGACGACGUAGUGUGGAUGGGGCUGACUAUUACAUUCAUGUUGGUUCCGUCGGUUCUGACCCAGCUCACGCUGACGUUCGUGCACCGGGACUUGGGGAGAGACCGACCCCUUGUGCUCUUCAUGCAUCUGCUUCAGAUGGGGCCUAUUAUAAGGUGCAUUGAAGCUCUUGUUGUUUACUGUCAGGCGGGAAAAAAGGAGGAACCAUAUGUUACCAUUUCAAGAAAGAUCAAGCUAAAGCAUGGCAGAGGCUUAGGCCCAGCCUUCGAAUGUGAGAUCGGACAUUCAGAGCGCAAACUAGCCGUCCACCGCAAUGCCUUCAAACGCACAGCUGUCAUCCAGGCCUUCCUAGGCUCCACUCCACAGCUCACUCUACAGCUCUAUGCCACCAUCCAGGAAAAAUAUGUCCUUCCCACACGGCUUGCCCUGAUGAUCAUUUCCAUGAUAUCGAUCGUAUACGGAGCUUUAGUUUGCAGUGUUCUGGCCAUACAGAUCAAGUAUGAUGACUACAAAGUGCGAAUGAAACCUGCUGCCUACCUGUGCAUGAUCCUCUGGCGAGGGUUAGAGAUCGCCACUCGGAUCGCCACCUUGGUGCUCUUCAGCACAACACUCACGGUCUGGGUGGUCCUGGUGGGCCUGACCAACCUGUUCAUCUUCUUCUUCCAGCCAUGGGUUGAGUUCUGGGCCAGGAAGGCAUCACUGCCUGAGAACAUAGAGAAGAACUUUAGUAAACUUGGCACCACCGUGGUGCUCUGCAUGGUCACAUUUCUCUACGCCUGCAUCAAUAUUUUCUGCUGGUCUGCCGUGCAGCUGGACCUGGCUGACCAUGACCUGGUGGAGAAACAGCCUCGCUGGAGAAGCUUGGCCAUCUACUACACCCUACGCUUCAUGGAGAAUGUGACCCUCAUGAUAUUGUGGUACUACUUCAAGUCAGACUUCUAUGAAUACAUAUGCACCCCACUGCUGGUGGUGCAACUUAUCGUGUGCUACGGCCUGGCUGUAAUCUUCAUGCUGAUCUUCCAUCAGUUCUGCCAUCCGUGCCGCAGACUUUUUCACUACAACGUCGAGGACUGUCUACGUUGCUCUUGCUGCAGGAAGAAAAAGCAAUCACAGCCACCUGAAAACCAUGCACGUGGUCCUCAAGAACAUGCACCUCCUGAUCUCACGAACCACCUGACAGAUCGAGAAACCGAUAUCGUGGAUGAUAUCAUGGAGGCAGCAUGAAACGCAUCUGUUAUGUUAAUGUAGCGCUGUUUGGGGCCAUGCUAGGCAUAUUUGCACAUAUCCUGACUCAGGAGUAUUACAUUGAGACGAUUGAACUAUGCUAUAGCUACUGUAAUUAGUGAAGGAACAAUUGAUUUUAUAUGGUCCUAAAAGCUUCAGGAAAUUAGUUUUUUAUGCCAUUUGGAGCUGUUCUUCAAAAAGAAGGUGUAGAGCAUGAUAACCUUAUUAUGUUGGUGUGGAGAGGGUAGCUCAUCAUUUAUUAAUUGUAGAGCACUGACCUAUUUCUUUUUGUUGGCCACUGAAGACCAAAGAAUGCCCUCGGUUGAGUUAUGCUGUGAUGACUGACAAAGGCAGCUUUCAGUAGAGAGCUGCGUGGCCAGGUGUGUGGGAAUCGUGCCAAUUUUGGAGGAAUGAAACUGGUAAAGUAUUGGCACCUGUUGCAUUAACAUUUUCCAGGGAACCGUGACUCAACAAGCGAAAGAGCCUUCUGAACUUUUCUUAAGUUUGCUUCAACAGUCCUGUGCAUUUUUAAACCGUUAGAUUUGGAGAACCUUCUUUAAUUUUGAAAGUUGAACUUGCCUUAAUAUUGUGUGAUUGUAAUUUUGUGCCUGAAUAGACUAAUGUUCUAAAUUUUUCACUGCAAAAAGACAUCUGUUUGUUUAUUCUGUAUGGAAAUAUGUUUGCGUGUGUGAUUUUUGCCUGAAUUAUGUGCCUCUUUACUACUGAGUUGAAUAAUGAUAAUGAUAUGUGAAU